AGGCGCCCUGUCAGCUGCUGCGCUUUCGCCUCAGCUGCCACAUAGAGGCGUUGCAUGUCUACUGCUAGGCUACGCCUCCUCCCAUUGGUCCGUUUCUUUCUCUGGGUGGGACGUUCAGAUGGGCCAUCUUUAUAAAGUGGUACAUUGCCCCUUCAGUGCUUCAGUGAUACUGCGUGCCAGCGGUGGACAACAGUGCAAAAAAAAAAAAAAAAAAAAAAAAAAGCUCAAGCCGUAAACGAAAAGCAACGGUGACAGCAGUCCAUAUAGCCUAACUUUAAAAGUGACAGCGGAAGGAGGUGAAUUGAGUAGCCAGAAUUCAAUAUUAUUUGUCGGUCUGCGCUGGAACGUCCCACAAGAGGAACUUACUGAGAUUUGUCACACACAUUGUUGCGGUCCGCGUUUGCUGGUGACUGUGUAAAAAGCUACAGCAGCAGCAGCAGCAUCAUUCCUUUGGACUUCGAGGUAAAGUCUGACGUUUUCUGAACUUGACGCGCGCGUGUUGUGUGGCGGACUUUUCUCGACAUGUGAGGAAAGUUUUCGCUUUCUUCCCAUGAAAGCUUAAACUUUGUUGCCUCCAGUUAGAGGGAACUUAAAACACGGAGGUGAAGAAGGAUAUUUGAAGUCUCUGAUACUAAAAGGACGAUUUCUCUGCUUUACCUCAGUGAAGCGAGGACGAGUCAGGUUGGUGGUUUUGAAUUCACGAGUCUCAAGUUUCUGCCGCCCUGGCCAGUGAUAUUAACGCGUGAAUUUGACCUGGGAUAAGUUGUCAACAAGAGGCAAACUGGCUAGUGUAAGCGUACAUUUACAUGCAUGGGCAUACGCGUAUCUAUAAAUAGAAGCUCGUGCCUAUGUAUUAAACUCUGGCCACUCAUCUUCAUCAUUCACCUUCGUCAUAAUCCCAGUGAAACCCACGUGUGUCGCUUUGGCUGUUAGGGUAGGUGUCGUCGCAUGGACUGACAUGGCCACCGAUCUCGCCAUGAGCGCAGAUUUGCCCAACAGCCCUCUGGCUAUUGAAUAUGUCAACGACUUCGACCUUAUGAAGUUUGAGGUCAAGAAAGAGCCCCCGGAGGCCGACCGCUAUUGCCACCGCCUGCCCCCGGGCUCGCUGUCCUCCACCCCUAUCAGCACGCCCUGCUCCUCGGUGCCUUCCUCGCCCAGCUUCUGUGCCCCCAGUCCCGGGUCUCAGCCUGGGCAGAACCUCGUAAAUGGCGUCAACAACAACAACAGUGGCAACAACAACAACACCCAAGGUUCCUCGGGCAAGCCGCAGCUGGACGAUCUCUACUGGAUUCCCAACUAUCAGCAUCACAUAAGUCCAGAGGCCCUCAACCUGACGCCCGAGGACGCGGUGGAAGCACUCAUCGGUAACGCGCACCACCACCAUCACCACCACCAGCCCUACGAGGGAUUCCGCGGUCAGCAGUACGUCGGAGAAGACCUCUCGGCGGCCACGAACGGUCACCACCACCCGGUGCACCACCACCACCAUCAUCACCACGGCCACCACGCGCACGCGCGCCUCGAGGACCGCUUCUCGGACGAGCAGCUGGUGAGCAUGACAGUGCGCGAGCUUAACCGGCAACUGAGAGGCUUCAGCAAAGAAGAGGUGAUCCGUCUCAAGCAGAAACGGCGAACCCUGAAGAACCGCGGCUACGCGCAGUCGUGCCGCUACAAGCGCGUGCAGCAGCGUCACAUGCUUGAAAGCGAAAAGUGCACGCUCCAGAGCCAAGUGGAGCAACUCAAGCAAGACGUGGCGCGUCUCAUGAAAGAGCGGGACCUGUACAAGGAGAAGUAUGAGAAGCUCGCGAGCCGAACCUUUAACGGCGGCGGCGGCAACGGAGGCGGCAACACUCGGGACCCGUCCAACGGCACUCACGGCAAAACCACUUCCACGGAAUUCUUCAUAUACUGCACGGACCCUUCUACUUCAUAAAACCUCCGAUCUAAACAUGGGAUCAGGCAUAUCCUCCAAAGACCCAUCAGUUUUGGAUUCUGUAAAUUCGUAUUUGUUUGUUUCUUUCUUUUUUAGUAAUAGGCUUACUGCAAAGUCCGAGAUGUUAGAGACAUACAGCCGCAUCUUUAAUUGUUUUUCUUGUCUUAACGGAUUGACGAGUCUUAAUGGCGAUGAGAAAAUACUGGAAACGAAACUUCAGCUUGUGAAGAAACUUGGGAAGGAACAAUAAUAAUAUUUAAACACUUAUAAGCAAGAAAGGGAGAUAGCAAUACAUCCUUGACUUUUCUCAGUCAUGAACUGAGGUUGAGGGGGCUUGUGAACUUUGAGGGCCCUCAAGCAUUGCUCAAGUCUGCAUUACCCCACUAAUCCUGCAUGCGGGACAUGUAUGGUACUCCAAACGCGCCAGGUCCUUUCUCUCUUUUCCCCAUACAGCACUUGGAUGAAAAGCAUGGCCCUUAACCACUCUCUCUUCUCUCAUUUUUUUUCUUUUUUUUUCCGUUUCUUCUGCUCGACACAAACAGUGUGAAGGCGUUCCUGCGAAAUCACACGAAAUCAGUCCUUACAUUUUUUUCCUAUUGUUUAAAAGUACAGAAUAAGAACAAAGAAACAAAAAAACCGAACUGAGCCAGAGUUAUUUAUUCCCACUUGUACAUAUGUAGAGGUCGAUUGGUGUUAAUUUAACUUUCUUUUUAAAAGUCCUUUUUGCUUGAUUAUUUAAAACGUCUUAAUACGAUGUUUGUAUGUAGUAGCAUGCAAAUGACAAAGUUAUUCUCAUUCUAUUGAAUAUGUACAAUUUCAAAGGAAGCCUACUGCACUACGAUUCAAAGAAUUGGGAUUUAUAUAACAUUUCUUUUCCUCUGUGUUAAUCAAAUUGCUGUUAUGGUGGACAUAGUCGAUCUAAAGUGCAUAUAAACACAAGGACUUUAAUUGCUGCUAAUAUUCUAUGCACCAAAUUCGAAAGCAAUUAACAGAAGCUCUGAUUAUGUGAAUUUUGUACUUCAAAAUAAAUGAAGGUAUGUAGAAAAUUGGUUAGACAUGGAUAUUACACAAAAAUAAUAAGAUCAUCUCUUGAAAGUUAUUUUUUUUUCUUCUUCUUUUCUUUUCUUUUCUUUUCAUUAAUGACCGGGGUGAUAAACGACAUAAAACUGUCAACUUCAAAUAUACGACAACCGUCGUUAAUAAGGCUAGAAGGGUUGUUUUAACUUUUUAUGACAUAUUAAAAAACUGUAGUAUAUACUGUAUAAAGCAGUUGCCUAUUGUUUUGCAUUGCAACAUUGUGAUGAUAAUAGGCUUCAUACUCAAACUACAGGUAGAUGUCGCAAGACUAAAUGCGGAUAUAAUUAAACAAUAACAGAGAGACUUGUGUGCAAACUUGGCUAAAAGUAAACGUGCGCAUUUGAUUGACCAUUUGAGACUGAAGUAUAGCCCAUCUUGUUUCGGCUAAAGGAAAAAUUUGCCAAAGUGGAUUAUCUAAUGCACGUAAAUUAUCCGUUUUCAAAUUCUCUCCGACCUGUUUAUGCUUAGUUCCCUAACAAAUCUAUCGGCCAGACUAAUGUCUUCAAGUAUGCUCCUGUACCUGGGUUAGUAUGCUUGAUAUUCUCACCUGAAAACCACUGUUAACAUUGAUAUAUUAUUAUUAUUAUUUUUUUCCGAUAAAUUAUGAAUUAUGAUGCAGUUCGUUAUGAAGCAAUCUCUCUGUCUAUUGGUCUAAUUUGAGGCACAGCGGCUUGAGGUUACAUAACCACAUGUGCUGUCCUGUGUGCUGUCUUAUGUAAACAAAUACAUAUUAAAAUGGAAAAAAAAAAAAACUGUACAUAGCCUAUAAUUUCUAUAUAUUUAUCGAAAAUAUAAAUGUCCUUACGUGUCAGUAAGUCCAAACCAAAAUGUUUCGAAAUGGAAUGUUGUUCAGAAUCUUGUUUUCAUAAUGUUUAAUAAAAACUUCUGUCAAAUGCUUCA